CUCUUUGCCUUGUUCAAUCGACAAAUCACACAACAGAUGGAUCAACCUUGUCCUUGAUCCCUGCCUUGGCGACCUUACCCGAGAAAUCAUUCAUUCUCCUCUGUUCCGAGAAUUCACAUCUACUAAGUAAGUAAGUAAGUAAGCAUGGUUUCGCUGGCGACCCAAAUGAUUCUUCCUUCUGAGAAUGGGUAUAGAGUUUGGGAGGAUCAGACCCUUUUCAAGUGGCGUAAGAGAGAUCCUCAUGUCACCUUGCGUUGCCAUGAAUCCGUCGAAGGUUCUUUGAGGUACUGGUAUCAACGGAAUAACGUGGAUCUCACCGUAUCAAAAUCUGCUGUUUGGAAUGAUGAUGCUGUUCAAGCUGCUCUUGAUAGUGCUGCUUUUUGGGUCGACGGGUUGCCCUUUGUUAAGUCUUUAUCUGGUUACUGGAAGUUUUUCUUGGCACCUAAACCUGAAAAUGUUCCAGAGAAGUUUUAUGAUGCUGCAUUUCCUGAUUCAGACUGGAACGCUUUACCCGUACCUUCCAAUUGGCAGUGUCAUGGAUUUGAUCGGCCUAUCUAUACGAAUGUGGUGUACCCUUUCCCGAAUGAUCCUCCUCACGUUCCUGAGGAUAAUCCUACUGGUUGCUACAGAACCUACUUCCAGAUUCCCAAAGAAUGGAAGGACAGAAGAAUACUUCUUCACUUUGAAGCUGUAGAUUCCGCAUUUUUCGCUUGGAUAAAUGGCAACCCUGUUGGGUACAGUCAAGACAGCAGGUUACCGGCUGAAUUUGAAAUAUCUGAAUAUUGCUAUCCAUGGGACUCGGGGAAACAAAAUGUUCUUGCUGUUCAAGUAUUUAGAUGGAGUGAUGGUUCAUACCUUGAAGACCAAGAUCAUUGGUGGUUGUCUGGUAUUCAUCGAGAUGUGCUAUUGUUAGCAAAGCCCAAGGUUUUUAUUGCUGACUACUUUUUCAAGUCAAAAUUGGCAGAUGACUUUUCGUACGCAGACAUCCAGGUAGUAUAA